AUGUCAUCGAUCGAGUCCGUCUCUGUUGAACAGAUGCUCGAAACUCGCAACAAGGAUUACCAGCUCUUGGAAAAAAAGUUUCUGGAGCAGAGAAAGGAGCUGGCGGCUGUGAAAGUUGAGCUCGAACGGAGAGGCGACGAGCUGGCCGAAUCGGAGAGGAACGUGGCGGUGAUGAAGAAAGAGUUGGAAAGAAAGGAAAACGAAAUGGAUGCUGGACGGGAACGGACGGAACAAACGAAGAUGUUCGAGGAACAAGAGCGCAUUGAAAAAGAGUUGUCCCAGAAAAUGCCGUUCACCGAGGAAAAGUGAGUUUGUUUCAACGUAUUCGCAGGUUGUAAUGAUCUCAUUCUAGGAUUGAGCGUGUGAAAACUCUUCUCGCUGAAACGGAAUGUAUGGUUCGGAAGCAAUUGAAAAAGGCGGAGGAACAGGUGAACCAAUUGGUGAAUGGGUGUUUGGAAUCUAGAAAGGGAGAAGAAGAAGAAGAAGACGUGGAAGAGGAUGAUGAGGACGAAGAAGAGGUCGAAGAAGAAUCGGACGGAGAGCUCCAGGAGGAAGAUGAUGAGGACGAGUGGAACUCCUAG